AUACCAAGGGAGAGAUAAUGAACAAGAAGAAGAACGUAGCCGACGAAGAAGAAGACGUUGUAUUCUGCACUCUGCUGCCUAGCAACAAACAUUGGCGAUCCAGCCAGUUGCUACCCUUAUAUGCGCGCGACGUAGUUAGCUGGUACGUGGGUUUAGUAACAGAUAGCAUUGCUUUAAUCCUGAAUAUUUCAUAAUUUUGCCCAGUUAUCAACGCCUAUUAAACUUUUUUUUCACCCGUCUUGUAGCGAAGAAUCUUCGGGUUGAGUGGUCAUUAGGUAUCCAUCAUUGACGGGCAGAAGCGGAGGUAAUUUUCAGUGAGAAAACCGGCUAACCUUAGCUAAGAUACCUUAGCUCUGAGCAGAGCAGAGGGGGGCUGCAGAAAACCGGUAUGCGACUGUUGGUUAGCUGACUAGCUUCUCUGAUGUUGGCGGAUACUGGAUGAGCUGAAACUUGACAAAUCAGGUAGGAAAUGUCCUCCCUUCAUGGUUCCAGUAUGUGUUUGUUUUCAGCUUUAACGGGCUCAGACAGCUGCUCACUGUCUGGAUGCUCUGCUGCCAGCUGUUCAACAGGUCAGAUACAGACUCUCCGCGAUUUAAGGGAGUACAGCAGCAGACUGAAGGCGAACUAAACAGCUGAUACUUUAACAUUGAUGUUUAACUUAAAGCCACGUUAGGUUUCAUCCGCAUCAUGUGGUUUUUAAAUCUCUAAAAGACUUCUUCUCUGAGCUCUGAAACACUGACUUGAAGGUGCCCCACCCUCAGGCCUAAAAAUCUAACAGAGUCUGUGAACUAGGUUUACACCAGUGGUUUUCAACUGGUGGGUUUUCAACUGGUGGGUCCCCACCCAAAAGUGGGUCACGGACACGUUCUGAAUUGGUCACGAACAGCCGUUCAAAAAAGUAAAUAUAUUUAAUGCGAUAUUUAUGAGAUGUUUUGAUACUUUUUGCACACGCAACUUCAGCAGUUGUCGUCCUCGUGUUGUCCCCUUCAUGUGCUUUGAAAUGCACUUUUCUCAACAAAACAAGUGGAUUUAUGUUAAAGAUUAGAGUCUUUAAAGUUUUUUUGAAAUAAAAAUUAAAUUUGCUUGGUUUGAAUUCUAUAAUAGUGGGUCACAACUUAAGGACCAUGGGAAAAUGUGGGUCCCAGAGUGAGACCAGUUGAGAACCACUGGUUUACAUUGUUUUGCACAUUUAACAAAGUGCAUAUUCAUGUAUGUGGGAAUAUCUGGGAUAAAUUACAUUUAACAGAUGUUAUUUCUCAUCUCCUUAGCCUACUUUUUACGCCAAGUUCACUCUGAUCAGAAACAGAUUAUGAACACAUGGACUGUAAUUCACACAUACUCAAACAGGAUCCUAUGGACAUGCAUUAUUAGAGUGAUGGCAGAGUAAUGGUGAGUGCACACAAGUUUUCAAAGUUAUUCGGAGUUCGGUGUCUCGCUGAAGGGCCCACAGGCUGUUUUUGGCAAGUGAAGUGGCAUUUUGCCAGCUACCAGCAGACUUUCAAGACUUUGAGAACCAAUCUUAACGUAGGAAACCUCAUCUAGACAGCAUUAAAAGCAGCUUGGCGGAAGUAAUUGUACCAGUUAGGGAAGAUGAAGUAUUAAAUCAUGUUGUCAGCAGCGUAAAAAUUGAACUUUGCACUGAACAUUGUUACACAAAUGAAUUUAAUGUAAAUUACAAACAAGAUAAGACCUAUUAUAAACCAUUGUGAGACACCAUUUUGUACAUGAAGAGAAACAAGAGGAUGAGUCACUAUUUAAGAAUGUAUUUAUCAUUGUCUUUUACUGAAAUCAUGUCGCAUUUUGCAUGGAUAGCCCACUUUUUUCAUAUCUCACUUUUUUCUCUGAGGAUGUUAGUAUAUUCAGGCUGUAUUUAUUGUAUAUAUCUAGUAUAUUUAGUCUGUAUUGUACAUACUUCUUAUAUUUAAUUGGGAUAAGUAAAGUCUAUCUAUCUAUCUAUCUAUCUAUCUAUCUAUCUAUCUAUCUAUCUAUCUAUCUAUCUAACUACAUCAGCAACAACAACUAUCUAAACAUGAUCAAUGCACUCAUUUUGAGAACGUGACGCAGUUUCUGUGACCCUAAAACAUGAUCAGCCACGCUUAGAAAUGAUCACACUGAGAGAUGAGAGGAUUGAUAAUGUGUCAAAAGAGGGAAAUAAUGGAAUAUAUGGAUCUUUAUUUAGUACAGAUUGGUCCACUUUAAGUGAUGCAGGCGUUAGAUAUCACACCGUCCCUUGGGACUCAAAUCAUAAGCAGUUUAUUUUCAACCACGUGCGGCUAUCAUGCAAUAACAGCUCCUGCGUCAUGCAGCUCAAUUAUAGUUGAUGAAUAAUUUCUACUACAUUUCGUGACUCAGUACCCGACAGGCUGUUGGACACGUCAGUCACGCAGUAGGGUGUCAGUGUCCACUGGGAACAGCUUUUCCUCAAUAUGUUGUUUAGCAUUGCACUCAGCAGACACACACACAUGUAAGUGUGGGAGCCACAGUUGCCAUGUGGUGUGUGCUGCUUUCAGUGCUAAUGGAAGGAUAAACAGUCAGGGCUCCUCCAAACAUCUUCCUUGUAAAAUUUACAGCCGUGACUUUAAUGGACGCACACAAAGGCAGUUCCAUUUACUGAGUAUAUAAAGCUCUUAACAAGAGUCACUCUACAGUAAAAUUCUUGUGUUAACUGCGAUGCUAAAAGUAAUAUAGUUAAAAAUCUGACAAGAUUCUGUGGCCUUCUCUCUUCUCUUUGCAAGUCAGAAAAGCAAUUUAGUGAUAUCAUCGUCAUUAACGAAGGCUACAGAUAGACACACCAAGACUUAUGAUAUGCUUCACAUUCAUAUUUUUGAUUGUUGUUUUACACUUACAGGCGUUUUAUGUGUUCCUGUCACAUCGCUAAAGAAACCCAGGCAGAGUGGAAGUGAAGAAACCCACCAGACGUUGCCGCCAUGUUGGAGGAGGACAUGGAAGUGGCCAUCAAGGUGGUCGUGGUCGGCAACGGAGCUGUUGGCAAGUCCAGUAUGAUCCAACGCUACUGCAAGGGUAUCUUCACGAAGGACUACAAAAAGACCAUCGGGGUGGACUUUCUGGAGAGACAGAUAGUGUGAGUAUGAUGUUCUGUGGCAGGAUUUUCCCCAUUUCUUCAUUAAUUACAGAAAAGCUAACAGGUUAAACAUGCCGUUUGUAAAUACUGAAGAAACUUGAGUUUAUAGUUUCUAUGUCACUAAGGUCCUCUGUGGGUUAGACACCUCAUUUGUGCAAAACUAAACUCUUCCCCUCUAACAGUGAUUAUAGACAGUCUCCUCUUGCUUAUCUGUUUGAGAAAGAGACAUUAACCUUGAGGUGUGACCUCUCAGUUUUGAUGUCCGCAUACUUACACCUUUGUAAUAUUUUAAAUGUAUAAUAUAACCCUUGUUCUGGGGUGUGUACUACAAUGCAGGAUUAGCAGUUUCCUGAGUCACUUCACAGUUAACUAUGGGGAUGUAGUCCUGCAAAGGUGGAGAGAUCAUCGUGGAGAUCAGAGAUCAGUUUUUAAAAAACAGGAAACUGACCUGGGAGCGAGUCUGACAGGACACUUUGUCUACCCGUGUGAUUUUAUGUAUGAAAAUUAUUCAUGAAAUUCAUUGAUGGUGUUUUCCUGACAUCACACUCUAACAGAGACUAAAACAGGCCGACACCAGAACCUUCAGGUGAUUGUAUUUGUGAAAUGUUGUAUAAUGCAUUCUCAUCUCUUUGGGCUCACUUUUCAUUUUCAAUUUUGUUUUCUCGGUGUUGCUGUUUGAAACUUAUCGGGGUGGUUGCUGAAAUAAUAGAUCUGAAACUGUCAUUCACGCCACAUGACCAGAGAAGAAAAUCAGUUUCAGGAUAUUAACGGGAGUUAUUAGAUAGAUCCAUCAUGCGCUAAUGAUGGGUUAAUGAGAUCAUCUGUCUUAAUUUAUGCAUCGACCCUGCGUGAUUUUGUCUCUGCCGGGUCUUUCAUUUAGCAAAUGCAGCUUUAUCAGUUUGAGUCCGAAUCAUCUGUUGAAUUUUAUUUAUUUUUUAUAUCAUAGUUAAGUGAAAGCAAAUUAAAUAAGAUGAUCUGCUUCAUGUCUGCAAUUCUAAAGAGUGAUCACAAUAAUAGUGGGCUGACUGAUCAGGUUGAGAAAGAGUUUCCUCUGACUGUUAGACAUGAUCACCUCUGUCAGGGUUAACUGAGGUCAGACAACAGACGCUUUCUAAACUUGUUUUUUAAGCAAAUCUAUUGCACUGAAAUCUGAGUUUCACUGCAGGUAUUAUUGAUCCAUCUAAAGAGUGAUUUUAUAACUGUGCCUUAUUACCGCCUCAUUUUAGAGUGAAUGACGAAGAGGUACGACUAAUGCUGUGGGACACCGCAGGGCAGGAGGAGUUUGACGCAAUCACUAAGGCCUACUAUCGCGGUAAGACUCAAACUUACAGUGCUCAAGGGCAGUGACCCGGAGUCAAGUUUUGUGCCCCAGAUUUUGCGGUUUUCUAGCAGCACAGCUUUUAACUUCUGUCAUAGAAAGCGAUAAAAGCAACUGUAAAUAUGCAUCUUAUUCAUACAAGCAUACAUGAAAGCGAAAGAUCGGGAUGAAAGCAUGACCUCUUGUUCUGUUCUCUUAUAUUUCAGGGGCCCAGGCAUGUGUGCUCGUCUUUUCCACCACAGAUAGAGAUUCAUUUCAGGCUAUAGACAGCUGGAGGGAGAAGGUGGAGGCAGAGGUCGGAGAUAUUCCCACAGUUCUGGUGCAGAACAAAAUUGAUCUCCUUGAAGAAACCGUCAUAAAAAAGUAGGUCACACAUUCGAAACCCAAACGGGAGCAGUGCAGCAACGGCACGAAACAGAUACUGUAACAAUACUGGUAAAUUUCAAUUAAGACACCAUAACUCUCUGUGAUCUAAAAGGAUGUUUUUGUUCUUGAACUGCAGCGAGGAGGCGGAGGGUUUGGCAAAAAGGCUGAAGUUGAGAUUUUAUCGCGCAUCUGUAAAAGAGGACCUUAACGUCAAUGAAGGUAUGAUCAUAAAACAUGGAUACAAGUAAGAAACUCAUGUUGUUCCUGUUGUAACGUUUCUUCUUCUUCACUCUUUCAAGUUUUUAAAUACUUAGCUGAGAAGUAUCUGCAGCGACUCAAACAGCAAACAGCAGAGGAGACAGAGGUGGUCCAUUCAACCAGCAAUAAAAUAGGUGAAAAUAAAAUCACUUUUGAUGAAACAUUUCAAGGUUUUCCCUUUCGUAGGCUGACAUCUCACCCUGUGUGCGUUUGCUCCAAGGUGUUUUUAAUACAACAAGCGGUAACAUCUGCAACCAGAGCUCCAGCAACGGCAGAGAAAUCAUCACUCUGCGACCAAACAAACAAAGAACCAAGAAGAGUAGGAAUCCAUUUGGAAGCUGCAGCCUACUCUAGAUAAGACUCCACUCAUUUCAGUGACUGAAUGUCGUUUCUGAGAUUCGAUUGUCAUUCGCCACAUUGCGAGACCAAAGCCCACAUAGACUGGGAAACACGACUCUGGUACUACCUUGUUAAACUAAAGCGUAAAUCUGACUCCAGCUCCCGUUAUUGACGGUUGAAUUACGAUUCAGCCUUGAUCUGCGCACAAAAAGCAUGUCAAUGUUUGUACUCUUUUCGGUCCCCCCUGUGGUUGUCCUGGGUAAAAACAGCAGCUGCACAGUUUCACAGAAUAUUUUGAAACACUUUUUUCAAACUUCCAUGAGAAUAUGGUUCAAACUAAUCUGUGUAUUGUCCACGAAUCGAAACCCUAUCAAAUCCAGAGUUUAUUCUCUGUGUGAGAGUAUUUUUGUAUGAACCUCAUCAGUGUUGAGGGAUUAUUUUCUCUGAAGUGUUGACAUAGUGCCAAAUCUGCUCUGUACUGAGCUGUAAUCAAACAUUAAUACUGCAGUGAUAUGGUUGUAUCAUGAAAUAAGUAGAAUAUGCUCCUAUGUAUAACCAAAUAUCAAUAACUCUUGACACUAAAUAGUCUUCUACUUGUCUGCUUGCAGUCCACUCAUUAACACAGUUGUUGACUAAUUCAAAGACUUCGGAAAGGUUUAGGGCUUGUUGAUGCAAAACGUGAGACGAAGAUCGGUCUACUCUUUCAGUCAUAGCAUCUCCAAUCACAGUCACUUAUAGCACUAUGUUUUUGAUUGUUUACAUUCGACAUUUCACAGUGCGUGUCUUUGUAUCUUCGGUACAGCUUUGAGUGACAUAUCAGUCGGCCUUUAGAGUUUCAUGGCAUAUCAUGUUGUACUGCAUUGUAUUUCUAAAAUUUCAAAUACUUAAAGAUUUUUAAAGUUGAUGUGGCUUCUGUGGUGUCUAAUCUUUCUAUUCAAAAUGGAAACACAACAUUUGUAAACCUCGUUAUUUGUUUUUGACGGAAAAAAGGAGAUGAAAUAGUACGUAAAGUUAAGAGCAGACUAAACACACUUUUUAGCAGUGUCUGUUUUCGAGGUUUGGACUCCUGAGCACAAAGUUGACCCUUGCUCCCUAGACUUAAUAUUUUACUGGUUUUUGCCGGAAUAUGCAAGAAAACUAAGAUUGUUCUCACUCCACAGGGGUCCUCAUGUACUGAUGCGAAAUCUGUGUUACUGCCUGAUCUACAUCAAUCCUUUUUUUCUGUUAUACAAAAACUUCUCUAACAGACAGAUCCUCACAAAGCACAAAGAGACGUGGUGAUGUAGAAGUCUUGCAACAAAGAUCUUGUCUGAAAUUCCUACCAUUUUCAUAGAAAUAAUAAAAGUAUUUAUCUUGGAAAAAGUGUGCAUGUAGAUAAGUUUUAUAACAUGUUUCAGAUUUCUGUUUGAAGCGUUCAGCGGUCUCUGUUCACAAGAAGUCUGCAGUGACUGUAGAAUGAAAAUCUGCCCAUGUUUUCCAGCUGAACUGUUGCUAUUAAGGUUCUGUCACAUUUCAAGCUUUGUCAUUUGGCUCGAUUUUAUGUAACACUGCUGUUUUGAGAAGAGAAAAAAAGAAAUUUAACUGUAAUGCAUGCAGGCCUUCUUACACAUCAGUGAAUGUCAUACCAUGGUUUCAACGCCACAAUGCCUUGUCCAUGUUUACAUUCUCCCCUAUUGACUUUCAUCAAGCAUUUAAUGCCUUAUGUUGCUGUUUGUUUAAAGAAUACCUGCACAUUAAAUGUGUAAAUAAUAAUUAUUUUUUCUCUCUUUUAUUUUUAACAUUGCGUUUACUUUGCCUUUUUGCUUUUGGACUGAAUCCAUUUUAGCGCACUUUAUCAUGAAGAUGGCAUAAAGUCGAAAGAAACCAUGUGGACACUAACCAUUCAUUAUGUGCUGUCACUCAGGUGUUGUAAUAAUCUGUGUUUUAAUGUCUGACUUCAUAAACCAUUUACAAAACAUUUAAAUGGAAAUAACCAACAUAUGAAUGCUUUCAGUGUGACAAAAACAACAAUCAUUGUUGGAUUUUUUUUUUUUUUUAACAAAUAAAGAUGUAUAACAUUUUGAGGUGUCCCACUCCACUGUACACCUUAUGUUUUAGAGGAAACUGACGGUACUCUAACAGAAAUAAAACUCCUCUUUUUCUGGUGCA